AUGACAGAAGUUACAACAGCAGUCAGCAGUCAACUCCUUGGAGAAAACCGAAAGAACACCAGUCAACUCCUUAGAGAAGACGCAGACCCCCGCCCCGGCCUGCCUGUGCGCCGUCAGUGCCGCAGCCCCGACGGACCAGCCAACCGCACCAGCGGAAUCUCUCUCUCUCCACGUCCUCCAGCAACAGGCGGCGGUGACCGCUGGGGCUCGCCGCAACCCACCCCUGGCUGCAGUGACCAGCUCCACCGAGGCCUGCCUUGCUUCGGUGAAGGCCUCCCUCCAUCAUCACGUCUGCAGUCUACUUUUCGCCGGGCCUCCGCGCCGCCCACUCAUCUGCGAGUCUCGGCUGGGCGCGCUCCUUCGCAGCCUUCGGUCGGCGCCAGGCACCCCUACUGGCCGCCCGCUCCUCCGCAGCCCACGGAGGGCUUUGCCUCGGUCCCGCCGUCAGUGCCCCGUCAGCCCACUCCUGCCCGGCAGCCGUUUCCCAUGGGCAUUUGUGGUGGUGGACGUGGAGCAGGCAAUCCUGGGGAUGGAUUUUCUCGCUGCUCACGACCUCCAGGUGGAUCCACGCCGCAGAUGCCUCCUGCACCACCCCUCGGCCAACAUUAUCCACGCAGAGCCCUGCGUGCAGCCGACGCCGUCCCUCACCACCCUCCGCCAAGUGAUGCAGUUCGAGUCCCUCCUCUAGGAAUUUCCCCUCCUUACAUCCCUACAGUCCGCCCUAUCUCGGGUCCAACACGGGGUACAGCACUCCAUCGUGACGGCUGGUCCUCCGUGCUUCGGUCGCCCCGGCCGCUGCCCCCGGAACGUCUUCACGCUGCGCGCAAGGAGUUUGACCUCAUGCUGGAAGAAGGCAUUGUACGCCCGUCUGACAGCAACUGGGCGUCGCCACUUCACAUGGUGCCCAAGGCCCAGGAUGGAGAAUGGCGGGCGUGCGGGGAUUACAGGGCCCUUAACGCCAUGACCCGCCCUGAAAGAUACUUCGGUCUUCGGUCUUCGCAACGUCGCCCAGACCUUCCAGCCGUUCAUGAACAGGGUCCUGAGAGGGUGAGUGUGGAAGGCCUGGAGCCCCUCCCCCAGAAGGUGGCAGCCAUUGAGGAUUUCCCGCGCCCCACGACCGUCAGGAAACUCAGGUAA